AUGGCUAAACUAGUGCAUAACGUGCAAAAGAAGCAGCACCGGGAGCGUUCGCAGGUUGCUUCCCGGUCCAGAUUUGGAUUUCUGGAGAAGCAUAAGGAUUAUGUGAAAAGGGCACAAGACUUUCACCGCAAGCAGGCGACGUUGAAGGUGCUGCGUGAAAAGGCACAGCAACGCAACCCAGACGAGUACUACCAUGCGAUGCACUCCAGGACUCUCGACUCGAAAGGCCUUCUUCAAAAGUCAAGACGCGCGGCAGACGAAGACGCCAGCCUUUCCACCGACCAAGUAAAGCUGCUCAAGACGCAGGACGCCAACUACGUGCGGACGCUGCGCCAGAAUGAGCGUCAGGCGCUAGAAAGGCAGAGCCAAAAUACCAUGUUUAAGUCAAACGGAUCGCACACCGUGUUCGUGGACGACGCCGAGUCCAUGCACGCAUUCGACGCACACAAGCACUUCAACACGACGCCUGACAUGCUGCAUCGCCGCGAGAACAGGCUUACAAAGGAACAGCUGGCAGAUCAAGGCCUGCAAGCAGGUGCCAAACAGGCGGGGUUGGAUCCUGAGACCCUAGAGCGCAAGCGGCUCAAGAAACUGCGGCAACUGCAGCAGCACCAGGACCGCGAGCGCCAGCUUUCGGGCGUGCUUCAGCGCAUGGAAAUGGAACGCGAAGGCAUGAAAAAAGGUUCCAAGAAGAAGAUUCGCGAUGCGCACGGAAACACGGCGUUCAAGUGGAAGAAGCAGCGCAAGCGUUAA